GUGAAAUCAGAAAUUUCAAAUAAGUCUUUAAUGUAUUGUUGGCAAAAUAUUGUCAACGAAAAGGGAGAAAAAUCCGUAAUCAAUAAUCAUAUCUCUGGUAGUCUAAAAAUAUUGGACGCAACGGCUAAACAUAAUGCAAAUGCAAUCGUUUCGAAAGUUUCGAAUCUUCGAGAGAUAGAUGCAGAUGCUAAUGAACGUUCAGAGUCCGAUGAUGAUUUCCGACCUCCAAAAAAGUCCACAGCAAAGCGGAAAAAAAAUUUAUCGUUACGAAAGAGUAAAGAGUCAGUUGAUUCGGCUGUAUCCAAGAAGGUCAGAACCACGAAGGGCAUGCCAUCAUUACCGGUAGUACGAAGAGAGGCGCCAGGAGAGGCAACAACACAAUCAGAUUCAUCGAAUAAAUCAAGCAUAGUCCGAUAUUCGUCAUCAAAUUCGGAAAGUGGAGGGGCUACAGGAAUUACUAGUGCAUCUGAAAAUCAAGACCUACUUAAACGAUUAAGACAGGAAAAACAGCGAACGAAAUCCACGUACGAACCAAUCUGUUCAAACAUAAUUGACACAACAAACAAGCUUUUAAUGAAUAGAUUGAAAAUCAAACGCGAUUACACAUGGGAUCCUGUCACUAAUGAGGCUACAAAAUAUAUCGAUGAAUUAAUCGAUAAUUCUGAUACUCGCGAUAAAUUCCGUAGCAAGCUUCAACUUUCAUUUGUUCCACCAGAUGAAACAUAUUCAUUUAGCAAACACUAUGAAAUAAAAUGGAUUCAUCGUUUUGCUGACAAAUUGGCAUCAUUUUUUGAAGCUCCGCGGAAUCCGCUCUUAAAUAAAAACUCAGAAGGUUGGCUGAAUUGCCAUAUCUUGGCUUCGCUAAUUGAUGAUUGCUUUCUAACAUGCGAGGAAAUUCAAGUUCAUCGAGGUGAAGAGAUGUCAUUGGCAUCUAUUGAGCGUAAAAGCUUAUCAAGGGAAGAAUCGGAAAAAAAACAAUAUGGGCACAAAAUUGAUAUUCUUUUUCGCAUCGAUGACAUGGAAUAUUUCGGUUCAGAAACAUACGUUGACGAAGAUCCACAAAACUCCAAACCGAUUUCCUACAAGCAUAAAAUUUUGCGAGAAAUGGAGGAUCAACUAGACCGUCUCUUGAAGAAGUUAAAAUUUACGAAGGAAACAAUUAAAUUGAUAAAGAACAUUGUUGUACAUGGAAUAAAUCAAGGAGGUCUUAACGGAAAGAUCUAUGCAAUGUACUACGAUAAUGACCUUCAAUAUUAUUUCGUUUUUGAGACAUGUCGGUAUCGGAUCGGUACUACGUGGGGAAGUAUUCCGGAAAGUCUCAUGUCUUUAAAAGAUAUUCUGUGCUUAAAG